AUGAGGCUUCUUAAUCUGAUGAUGGUAGAAAGGGCAAAUGGAAAGAACCCUAAUAAUGCUGACCUGCGGAACCGAUCAAACCUGGAAUUGCCCUGCUCUGGGCUUCUUACAGGGCAGAAUCAAUGUGUGGAAUGCUGUGCUGGGUUUCUGUUACUUGCAGCUGUGAGUAGUCCUAUAGCUGAAAAUACUACUACCACAUCUAUGGACAUAACAGGGCAUCCUGACUGGAGCAGAGCUGCCAUGUGCGUACAUCUGGCAUGGAGGACACCUUGUUCUCCAGGGAUCUGGUUGCUUGUGUUAAUAUGUGUGAGGCUUUUGUUUUGGUCUAGGGAAGGAGGGAGGGUUAGGGGUAUAUGCAAAGAUGGGGAAAUGAGGAGAAUGGGGGAUGUCAGUGAUUGUCCUUUCUUCCCCGCAAGACCGUUACCAUUG